CAGACCCUCUAUAUAAUGUGCCUUCCAAAAGUCUUCUUCUAAAUCAUCAUUUUGGUUUCCCCUUGUCUCUCGCAUUCUCAUAUCUCCUGUUUCAAGAUGUUUGAGGCAAUUUCACAUUGGUUUCCUCUUAUCUUGUCUUCUCUCAUUUUCAUAUUCUUCUUUUGUAAGGCAAUUUCACAUUUGUUUCAUGGCAAGAAGACUGAUGAAACCAAAGAUUUGGAUGGUGCUGAUGAUCAGAAGAGUGUAGUUGGCGUAGAACAGAAAAAGACGAUCCAUGGAACGGUUGUGUUGAUGAAGAAAAAUGUGUUGGAUUUCACUGAUUUUCAGUCGUCUUUAUUGGAUCGAGUUGAUGAGUUUUUGGGACAUGGGGUUUGUUUGCAGCUCGUUAGUGCUGUUCACGGUGAUCCAGAAAAUGAAAUGCGAGGAAAACUUGGAAAAGAAUCGCAUAUUGAACAUUGGAUCACGACAAUGACCUCAGCCAAAGCAGGAUCAUCUGUAUUUGGGAUCACAUUUGAAUGGGACGAAUCAAUUGGAAUUCCAGGGGCUUUCAUUAUUAAAAAUCUCCACCACAGUGAGUUCUACCUCAAGUCACUCACACUUGAAGAAGUUCCUGGCGUAGGCCGUGUUCACUUCGUUUGCAACUCUUGGGUUUACCCGGCUCACCAUUACAAAAGUAACCGCAUUUUCUUUGCUAACCAGAGUUACCUUCCGAAUCACACACCAGAACCUCUAAGAAAGUAUAGAGAAGAUGAGCUUAAGAUUCUCCGUGGAGACGGAACGGGAGAACUCAAGGAGUGGGAUCGAGUUUACGACUAUGCAACGUACAAUGAUUUGGGUAACCCUGACAAAGGACCCAGGUACGCCAGACCAAUUUGUGGGGGAUCAUCAGAGCUUCCUUAUCCUAGAAGGGGACGUACCGGUCGCAAACCCACAAAGACAGAUCCCAACUACGAAACCAGAUUAUUCCUGUUGAGCCUCGAUAUUUAUGUGCCGAGAGAUGAAAGAUUUGGUCACUUGAAGAUGUCUGAUUUUCUAGCCUACUCUCUGAAGGCCAUCGCCCAAGUCCUUCUUCCAGGGAUAGUAUCAUUUUUGGAUAGCACUCCAACGGAAUUUGAUUCUCUCCAGCAAGUGUUAGACCUACACGAUGGAGGACUCCGGCUUCCAUCCGCUGCAAUAGAUGUAAUUCGCCACUCCGUCCCCUUUCAAAUGAUUAAGGAAAUCUUUCGUACAGAUGGACACGUACUUAAGUUCCCUGUACCUCAUGUAAUCCAAGAGGAUAAGUUUGCAUGGAGGAGUGACGAAGAAUUCGGAAGAGAAAUGCUUGCUGGAGUUAACCCUAUUGCAAUUCGACUUCUUGAGGAGUUUCCACCAAUCAGCAAGCUCGACCCUGAACUAUAUGGAGACCAUUCAAGCUCAAUAACCAAAGAACAUAUUGAGAAGAACCUAAAUGGCUUAACAGUAGAAGAGGCUUUGAUGAACAAGAAGCUAUUCAUAUUAGAUCAUCAUGAUACAUUGAUUCCGUACCUGAACCGCAUAAAUACAACUACAACAAAAACUUACGCGACAAGAACCGUCCUCUUGUACCAACAAGACGGGACAUUGAAGCCUUUGGCUAUUGAGCUAAGCUUGGUUCAUCCAGAUGGAGAAAAACACGGUGCAGUUAACGAAGUUCAUACACCGUCUGAAGAUGGUGUUAAAGCAUCAGUUUGGCACCUGGCCAAAGCUUAUGCAGCUGUGAAUGACUCUGGUGUCCAUCAACUCAUAAGCCACUGGUUGAAUACACAUGCGGUUAUUGAGCCGUUUGUAAUUGCCACAAACAGGCAACUAAGUGUUAUUCACCCAAUUUACAAGCUGUUGCAACCUCAUUAUCGAGAUACAAUGAAUAUCAACGCAUUGGCUCGUCAGACUCUCAUUAGCGCUGAAGGUAUCCUUGAAAAUACUGUUUUCCCAGGAAAAUACGCUAUGGAAUUGUCAGCAACAAUUUAUAAAACGUGGGAUUUCACUGAGCAGGCACUCCCGGCCGAUCUCGUUAAGAGAGGAAUGGCAGUUCCGGACCCAACCAAACCACAUGGCCUUAGCCUAGUGAUUGAAGAUUACCCUUUUGCUGUCGACGGGCUUGAAAUUUGGUCAGCGACUGAGAAAUGGGUUCAUGAAUAUUGUUCAUUUUACUAUCCGACAGACGACUUGAUCCAGGGUGAUUCAGAACUCCAGGCAUGGUGGAAAGAUGUUCGAACCGAAGGCCAUGGUGACUUGAAAGAUAAACCAUGGUGGCCAAAACUGCAAACUCUGUCAGACUUAACUAAAUCAUGCACCACCAUUAUAUGGGUAUCUUCAGCGCUCCAUGCAGCAGUGAAUUUUGGUCAGUUCCCAUACGCAGGUUACUUACCGAACCGACCAACAGUAAGCCGAAGAUUCAUGCCCCAGCCAGGUACACCUGAAUACGCUGAACUCGAAAACAACCCAGAUUUAGUUUUCUUGAAAACUAUAACUAGUCAACUACAAACCUUACUUGGGGUAUCUCUAAUUGAGACCCUGUCAAGGCAUUCUUCUGAUGAAGUUUACCUGGGACAAAGAGAUUGUUCUGAAUGGACAUUAGAUACAGAACCACUCGAAGCUUUUAAGAGAUUUGGAGAUAAUCUGGUUGAGAUUGAGAAUAAGAUAAUGCAAAUGAACCAUGGUAAGAAAUUCAGAAACAGAUUUGGACCAGUGAAUAUGCCAUACACACUGUUGUAUCCAAAUACUUCUGAUCUAAGCAAAGUUGGUGGACUUACCGGCAAAGGAAUUCCAAAUAGUGUUUCCAUUUGAGCUUUGAGUGGUUAGCCUAGAUACAUCUCAAUAAUGGAAUGCUCAUGCAUCCCAGGAACUAUGAAUAGUUUUUAUGGUGUACUUGUUUUAUUGAUUGCUUCUAACGAAAAUAAUUUCGCAGGACUUUGUAUUUA